UUACCAUAAGGCCUCCAAAGAGAAGACCAAAACAGAGAAAAAAUCAUAACCUCAAAGGAAGAGACGAUGAAGUCAAAGGUCAGACAAAGAAACCGAUUGGUUCUGGGAAGUCCAGACAGGAACAGAAAAAGGGGAUGAACACUACACAUGCCAGUACAUCACUCAGUAAACCUUCAAAAAUGUUUGAGAAUCAUACUACAGAAACGUAUUCAAUUAUAAACAAAUAUGACACACCCGGAAAAACUUACUCAGAUUUGCCACUUCUUUAUUACAUCUUCAAGGGAGGAAAAAUAAAGGCAGUGGUUUGGCAAACACUGUGCUGUGCCUUUAUGUUUAUGAUGCUAUUACCAUCAGCUUCAGGAGUACCCUAUAAAGAAUAUAAAGGAAUACAAGAGUCUGCUAUAAAUGUGCCAGUGUGCCCUACGACAAAAGAAGACGUAAUAAAACGAGCAGAAAUUAAACACUGUCAAGAUUUUUCCAAUACCUUUGGUGAACAAUUAGAAUACCAUUGUGUGCUCAAUGACCGUGGAACAGGCUUUGUUGAAGUUUGUUCACCAGUGACCAAGAUAAUCGGUGAAUUUUGUGCUGAGUACAAUAACGGCCUGGGAGGAAUUCAACCACAGAAACAGAGAAGCUGCAUGGGGACUUGUCCAUUUGUUUACAACUCCACGGAUUCGUAUAAAU